UGUGGGUGUUGUUUCCGUGCAUUUCCGCCAUUACGGUAACGACGCGGAAGUUGUCUCGUUCAGACAUGGCGCUGUCCUGUUCGAGGCUCACCAACAAUUUGUCUUUGAUUCGACUGUGGAGUGUCAGAACAAACCAAAUUGCCAAUGGACUGUACGGACAGUGUGUGUGUCACCAGUCCAGACAUUACUCGUCUUCCGAAGUCCGACGAGGGAUUGGUCGCUAUGUGACGUCCAGGCUGCAGUGGGUCAACAGCAAAUACGAAGGCUUCCUCAAAAGGCGAUUUCCACGCUUUUAUCUGCUCUACCAUACUUUCGUGGAAGGAUUCAAGCUUCUUUUCCGAGAUGCCAAAGACGUCAGCAGAAUCAAAACAAAGAUGCUUAGUGAUGGAGUCAAGUUCCAAGAUUUGUCCUACAGGGAAAUGGAGAAACUCAGACAGUUUCGCCGAGACAUGCUGAAAGGCAUCCCACUAGUGUUGAUUUCCAUCCCUCCCUUUGCCAACUACCUGGUUUUCUUCUUGAUGUACUUUUUCCCCCGCCAGGUGCUGAUCCCACAUUUCUGGACUCCGAAGCAGCAGGUGGAGUUUCGCCAGUUGUACCAUUCAAUUCGGGCGCGACAGCACCGGCCAGUCCUGCUUGGCCUGCAGCAUGCCGGCGGCCAGGUGAAAGAUUCUCAGCUACGGAGUCGCCUCGACAGCCUGUGCUCUCAGGUGCAAAAUGGAGCAAACCCCAAAGUGUCGGAAGUCCUUGCAGUGCGAAGCCUAUUUUCGGGGACUCCGCUGGGCAUGAGCAAGCUGAGUGUGGGUCAAAUGAGAAACAUAAGCCCCCUGCUCUUCUUGACGCCUCGCCUCCCCGGCUUCCUGAUCGGCCGGCGGCUGACCAGUCAUGCCUUGGAGCUGCUCCAGCUGGACCGAGCCCUCAGCAAGCUGGGCCCACACCAGCUCAGCGACUCGGAAGUCAGACAGGCCUGCUACGUGAGGGGACUCAACUCUGAUCGUCUCGCCAUCAACCAGUGCCGAGUGUGGUUGUACCAGUGGCUUCAGAUGUCCUCCUCCCUCAAAGACUCUGAUCUGUCACUCCUCUUGCACUGCCUCGUGUUACUCUCUGCCAGUGACCCGAAUGGUAUUCACCACCCCUAACGGCAGCCCCUCCCUACUGCUUCGGUGCACACCACUUGAGAGCAUCAGUUUUUUCCUGAUGAGGAAAAUAUUUCAAAAUAUGGGUUUCUUUGAGAGAGUUUCAGAUUUAGAUAUGAAAAAUAGUCUACAAUUGCAGAGUUCGCAUAAAAGCUUCCACAUAGUAUUCAGAAUCUGUCGGUGUUUGAUAGGUGUUUACGCUGGCUGUGCGGAGUGCAGUUUACACAUUUCACGUGCUGAAACUUGGCUCAUCGCUGGAAACGCAUCACUGCUUUUGCUUCAUCAAAAUUAAGGUGAAAUGACAUCCGUUUAAGGUGGAUAUCAUUGUUUAGACACAUUCCAUUUGCAUGUAUCAGUAUGUUCAAAUAUCUGCUGCAUUUUCAGACCUCAGUGAGUGCACUCCUGUUAUUUUUGUCGUUUUAUUUAACAUUUGUACUGAAUGCAAGGGGAAGACAUCAAAAUGUAAUUGAGAAAAAAAAAAGCUGUUGAUCAAAAGCAGACUGGACUUAAAAAAAAUACUUGGUUGGUUGUGGUAAAAACGUAACUGCUGUUUGGCCUGCAGUGAAGCCGACUGAUGAGUAUUGGCACUUUACAUAAGUUUACUUAAUGUUAAAAAUAGAAUCUCAAUAUAAUUUAAUGACUCGUGCCUUUUGCAAUGACUGCCUGAUUAUAUUUCAAAUGGGUUGUAGGCAAUUGUUUUGGGGUUUUUUUUGUUGGACAUUUGCUCUUGUUCAGUGAUGUGUUGCUGUGCCAUAUUGAGAUGAACGUGUCCCAAAAAAAAAUACAGUUGUGAAACCAA